AGUAUUCGUUUCCAAAUUGGUGGCAUGAGCUGUGCAGUUUGUACAGGACGCGUAGAGCGUGCCUUGCGAUCUGUCCCAGGAGCCACCGACGUACAGGUAAUGCUAGCAACCUCACGGGCCUGCAUCCAAAUAGAAAAUGAAUUUGAAAGUAAUCGUCAAGUGAUCGAGGAAGCGUGUGUGAUUGCGGUCCGAGAGGCGGGCUACGAGUGUCAGCCACUAGCUUCGGAUAGCAGUGGUGGUAGCUCCUUGCAGCAAAACGCAGCCCAGCUUGAAGGUGCACGCAUUGAAGAGCUCUCAUCCUGGAGGCGUCUCCUGAUUGUUAGUUUGGUAUUGACUGUUCCGAUGAUUGCGGUGCAUCACGGUCAUGCUGAAUUCGGACCGACUGAUAUGGUGCCAUCCCCCGCAAUGUGGUUGAUGUUUAUUUUUUCGAGUCUAGUGCAGUUUGGCGUCGGCCGAAGAUUUUAUCGGUCCGCAUGGAACGGUCUAGUUCACGGGCGGGUUUUGGGUAUGGACUUUUUGGUCGUCCUUGGCACCACCGCCAGCUACGUCAACAGUCUAGUUCUAUUCGGAAUCCAGUUGUGGACGGGUCGCAUGACGGCUCUUUCCCCAACAUUUUCGACCGGCGCCAUGCUGCUCACCUUUGUUACGCUCGGAAAAUACAUGGAAGCUUACGCGAAGGGCAAGACAACUGGGGCGCUGCAAGCUCUCAUGGAAUUGCAACCAUUAUGUGCCGCGCGGGUGUGUUUGCAGCCUGGUGGUGCGCUAGAGAGCCCGGUCGAUAUUUCGUCGUUGGUCACCGAGGAGGUUGAUGCAAGGGAUAUUCAAAUCGGAGAUUACUUACGCGUGUUACCAGGGUCCCGCAUUCCCACCGAUGGGAUCAUCGCAGCGCUGUCAGGUCACAAGAAGGGACUGGAGCUGAAUACUGCGUACGUGGACGAAUCAGCUUUAUCGGGAGAACCCUUUCCCGUCGCUAAAUCGUUGGGCGACCAAGUUUUUGGGUCGACCGUCAAUCAAUUGUCCGCUGUGAUUGUAAAAGUAACUGCGACAGGUGGCGAGACAGUGCUUUCGAAAAUUGUUCGCCUCAUGGAAGAUGCUCAACGUGAAAAGGCUCCUAUCCAAGUGUACGCCGACAAAAUUGCUUCGGUUUUCGCUCCGGUCGUUAUUGGUCUAGCUCUGAUAACCUUUUUUGCCUGGUUCACGAUGAACAAAAAUGUGGCCGUGGAAGAUCGAUUCUUUUUAGCCUUUAUGUCUUCGAUAUCGGUCGUUGUUGUGGCAUGCCCCUGUGCGCUAGGAUUGGCAACCCCCACAGCUGUUAUGGUGGGGACUGGCGUCGGUGCAACUCAUGGCUUGCUGAUAAAGGGCGGUGCUGUUUUGGAGAAGAUGCACGGGAUUGAUACUAUCAUAUUUGACAAGACGGGGACGUUGACUACCGGGAAAGCUGUGCUGGGGGAGCGAGUUGAGCUUGUAAAAGCUAUGUCGGAUGAUCUAUUUAAGAAUUUACCGUCGCCGGUAACGCCAGCCAGCUGUGUUCUUUGGUUAGCGGCAUGUGCUGAAGCUCAGUCGGAACACCCUUUGGCGGAUGCUAUUGUGAAUGCGGCAAAAGGUAUGUGGGGUGGCGAUGUCACUCGGGCGCAAGACGGCGUGUGCAUCGAAGACUUUCAGCUUGUUCCUGGUCAAGGAGUAGAAUGUCGUGUGACGAGGCCGGCUUGGGGAAGCUACUACGUGCGGGUCGGUAGCGACUCGUGGGCUAAGCCAGGUUCCGAUAUAAGUGGAGACGCCCAGGCCACCGCACUCCGCCAACGGGGCCAUGUCGCAGUAUAUGUCAGCAUUCUCGAAGCAAACUCGCCUGUAGGAAUCCGUCGUGUAGUUGGAGUUUUCGGAAUUGUUGAUCCAGUUGAACCGGAGGCCCGAAGUACGGUGUUGGCCCUGCAGGCGAUGGGAAUCGAAGUUUGGAUGUGCACAGGCGACCACGUCUUGACGGCAAACGCUGUGGCGGCCGAGGUUGGAAUCACGAGGGAACAUAUUUGUUCCGAAACUACUCCACAAGGGAAAGCUGACCUAGUAACUAGGCUUCAGCAAACUCGGAGAAGGAACGUUAAGCGGGAAGUUCUCUCGACAAAUAUGACACGCCGUGUUGCAGUUGUGGGAGAUGGGAUCAAUGAUGCCGUCGCUUUGGCGAGAGCCGAUGUCGGUAUUGCAGUCGGUGCAGGAACCGAAAUUGCUGUGGAAGCCGCUGAUGUUGUUCUUGUGCGUUCGUCACUGCACGACGUUGUGAUUGCCCUACACCUUUCUGAAGUCGUCUUCCGUCGCAUUAUGAUGAACUUUUUGUGGGCCAUGUCCUACAACGUUUUCGCCCUACCUUUUGCAGCUGGUGUCUUGUACCCAUUCACAGACUUCCGGUUGCCGCCUGAGCUCGCUGGAUUGAUGAUGGCUUUCAGCUCCGUAAGCGUUGUCACAAGCAGCCUGCUGUUGCGUAACUAUAA